AUGGUUCUUCCGAAUGUUGCCUUUCAGCUCUUUCCGACUGCGAUUUUAGAUCGUAAGGUAAAAAGCUUAAGGAACAAAGAGAUUAACCAAGUAAAGGUCAAGUGGGAGCACAGAAAGGGCUCGGAUACCACAUGGGAAUCCGAGGAGGAGAUGCAGCGACUCUACCCUACAUUAUUCGUUUUAAAGAUGGCGGAUAAAGGUAACGACGACGCGGUGCCGAGAGUCACCGAGCAAAUGAGAGAAAUGAUUGCCGAGGAGGUUGGAAAGGCAAUCGAAAAUAGUUUGUCCAGUUUUUUUGAUAAGAUCCAAAACACGGUACUAUCGGUGGUUGAUGAGAGAAUCAAGAAAUUGGAAGAUAGUGCCAAUAUAGUGAAGGAAAAGUCUGGAGGACGAAAACCUUGUUCAUACAAAGAAUUCAUGGCGUGCAAACCGCCAGUUUAUAAUGGGGAGGUUGACCCGAUAAUAUGUCAAGGAUGGCUAAGCGACAUCGAGGGAGUGUUUGAAAGGACCCAUUGUGAUACAAAUGACUACACGCCGUUUCUUAAACAUCACAGUCCCAAGGCGGUCAUUAACCGAAUCAAAGAAGAAUUCAUGCAGCUUAGACAUAAGGGUGAGUCCGUCGACAAAAUCACGGGAAUGUUCAUGGAUAAGAUGAAGUUUUGUGAUGAACUGUAUGAGACCCUUACCGAGAUCAUAAAUGUUGCUCGGGAACGAGAAAUUGAAUUGAAAAAGCAAGUUGAACGGGGCGAACGAAGGGCACAUGAUGUUAAUCCAAGCCCUACUAAGAAAGCACGGACGAAUGAAAUAGUGAAGAAAUCGGACGCAAAAGGCGGGUCGCCAAGUUGCAAAAUCUGCGAAAAGGGUCAUAAGGGCGAGUGUCGCUUCAAGGAUAAACCCUGCCCCAUAUGUCGGAAGACGGGGCAUAUGGCUUCAUCAGGCCCGGAUAAAGUGACAGUUUGCUACAAGUGCUAUCGACCGGGUCACAAAAAGUCAGAAUGCCCGGAGCUAGUGGGAAAGAAUGAUGGGCAAGACACGAAGGGUGAAGCCCCGAAAGUAAAGGCUAGAUCUUUUCACUUAACCGCCACAGAAGCAAAAAUAGAACCCGAAGUGGUUUCAGGUAUAUUUGCUUUACCUAUGCCUUUAGAAGUAGAGAUAGGUAAUAACAAGAGUUUUAUCAUUUGUGAUGUAUGUCAAAAUUGCAAAUUGAACAUCGACAACGAAGAGUACUCAAUAGACUUAAUCCCGAUGUCGAUGGGAGAAAUUCAAGUGAUCGUGGGUAUGGAUUGGUUAUCCCGAUACCACGCAAAGGUGGCAUGUUUCUGGAAGGAGAUAAAACUGACAUCUCCUAGCGGAAAGCACGUUACCAUAUACGGUGAAAAAGGGGGUAACCCUGUGGUAUGUACAAUGCUAGAGGUUCACAGACUUAUGAAACAUGGAUGCAAAUCAUAUAUGGUAUACGCAAGCGAGUCGGAGAAAGAGUCCCCAAAAAUCGGAGACGUACCCGUAGUACGUGAUUAUGAGGAUGUGUUCCCAGAAGAUUUACCAAGAAUACCACCAGAACGGGAGGUAGAGUUGGAAUCGAAUUGGUUCCAGGCGCAAAACCGGUGGCCAAGGAGCCGUAUCGGCUCGCGCCGUCGGAACUACAAGAAUUGA